UAAACUUAAUAGAAAUUGUUUGCAGGUAAACAAUCUCUAGAGGGAAAUACACCGGAAAUAUGAUCUCAACGGCGCGACUCAUGCUCCGGCGGCAGCCGCCGUGGCACUUCCACCUUCACCCUUUUUCCACCGUCGUCAACCUCUCCCACCUCUCCUCCCCCAUCAAUCUCGAUCACCUUACUUCCGUAACCUCCAACUCGGAACUCCUCGCUUCCUACACCAUCACCCCACCCGUCCGCCCCUGGCCUUCUCGCCUCACUCCGGGCCGCCUCGCCUCCAUGAUCCGCCGUGCCGCCGAUGACAACCUCGCUCUCCGCAUCUUCCAACAUGCGGCCUGCUUCCACAGGGGCUUCUCCCUAACCUACACCUCCUACCACGCCCUUAUCGACCGCCUCGCUCGCUCCCGCGCCUUCGAUCUCCUUACUCCGGUCCUCUCCUCCCUCCGCCGCUCCGGCCUCCGUUGCGGCGAAGAAGCCUUUAUUGUUCUUAUCCGCGCCUACUCUCUGUCUUCACGUCCGGCCGACUCUCUUCGCGUCUUCCUCUCCAUCCCUUCUUUCCGUGUCCAGCGCUCUGUUCGUUCUUUCAAUGCUCUCCUCAAUGCUAUGAUCCAAAACCGCCGCCUUAGCCUUGUGCCCCCGCUCUUCCGCUUCCGCAGCUGCCGUUCUAAGUUUGGUAUCUUCCCUAAUGUUUGUUCUUGUAACAUUCUGUUGAAGGCUUUAUGUGGAGUCCGCGAUCUGGCUGGUGCACGAAAGGUGCUCAAUGAAAUGCCUGCCAUUGGGAUUGUCCCCAAUGUUGUAUCUUAUACAACGAUAAUUGCCGGGCACUGCUCUUUGGGCGAUCUUGAUGGUGCCAAGGAGAUGUUUGAUGAGAUUAUAAGUCAUGGAUUGAUACCGGAUGUUACCACGUAUACUGUUCUUAUCAAUGGAUAUUGCCGCAAAGGUUUGAUUGUGGAUGCUGCCCGUGUCAUGGAUGAAAUGGAGUUGGCAGGCGUGUCGCCAAAUGAUGUGACUUACGCUGUUUUAAUUGAGGCUUGCUGCAAGGAGGGGAAGUCGGAGGAGGCUCUGAAUUUGAUUAGCAGUAUGCUGGAUUCAAAGUUUGUACCAACCUCCAGUCUUUGCUGUAAGGUCAUUGAUGCUCUCUGCGAAGAUGGGAAAGUGGAAGGUGCUUGCUUGACAUGGAAAAAGCUUCUAAAGAAUAAUGUUACUCCUGAUAACUCCAUUUCCAGCACCUUGAUAUAUUGGUUGUGCAAGAAAGGGAUGGUUUGGGAGGCAAGGAAGCUCUUUGAUGAGUUUGAGAAAGGAUUUAUUCCUAGUGUGUUGACUUAUAACACACUAAUCUCUGGAAUGUGUCAGAAUGGGGAGUUGCAGGAGGCAGGGAGGUUGUGGGACGAUAUGAUUGAGAGGAGUUGCUGCCCUAAUGUCUUCACUUACAAUUCGCUGAUCAAUGGAUUCUGCAAGGCAGGAAAGCCUAGGGAGGGGAUUAGGGUUUUAGAGGAGAUGUUGGAGAGCAUGUGUGCUCCGAAUAAGUAUACAUAUGAUGUUUUGAUUGAUGGACUUUACAAGUUAGGAGAUAUAGAGGAGAUUGUGAGGGUGAUUCAGAAAGCAGUCUUGAAAGAUAGAUUUCUCGAUGCGGAAAGUUGGAAUGUUUUUGUUAGUAAGAUGCUCUCAGAUACUAAUCAAUGGAGGGAGGAUCUUAAUUCUUUGUUGGAAACAUAGAUAUAAAUUUGAAGCUCAUAUUAUUGAUGUGAUUGAAGUUUGGCUCGUAUUGAUUGGAUGACGUGUGAGGCUGCUAUGGGUUUUCUUAGUGGCUUAAUAAUUGAAUGUGAUGUGGGGAGGGCACAUAAAUCACAAUCUCCACAAACAAGGUAAAGCUUUUCUGAGAUUUUAAGGUCGACUCAUAAAAAUGUUACUGUACUGGUGGCAUGCUUAGUUUGUCUUUUGUGGUGCCUUCAAUCAUUAGCCCUGACUUGCAAGACCAAAUGAUGCUGUCAACUGGCCACUUCUCUCCCUGCAGUCAAUUUAUACACUGCGUGACGUACAACUGGAGAAUGACAUAGGUGCAACAAACAGAAAUUAAGAGAAGACAGGGCAUGUAUCCACCACAACUCCUUCAGCACUAGGGCAGUGGGCCAGAG